CAACACAUAUUGUCUUCUACAGACAAAUACCGUCUUCUGAAUAAAAUUACAGUCCUUUAUAGACAAUUACUGUCUAGUACAGGCAAAUAUAUUCUGAAGACAAGAUGGAGGAACAGAUCCAACAGAGGGAUGCUGAAAUCCUGGCUCUCACAAAGGAUAAGGAGGCUCUCACAGAGGCCAACAACAUGCUGUUGAGCAGAACAUCUGAACUCCACAUUAUUGAGAAUGCCUGGCAGGUCAAAUUCAACGCAAUGGAGAUGUUUGCUAAAGGCCAGGCAGAGCAAAACUUCAUUUUGAGGCUGAUGGAGACUGAACAUCAGAAUUUACAGAAACGUGUUGACGUCCACAUUAACCAGAGGGACACUGUAAUCCGUGAUUUGAAAGCAGAUAGAGAAUCUCUCCAUCACAUGGUCACAGAGGCCUCAGCCGUGCUGUUGAUCAAAAAAGCUGAAAUCCAAGAGAUUGAGAAAACCUGGCAGAGCAAAUACAACGCUUUGGAGGAGUCUGCACAGAACCUGAAAGAGGAAAACUCUGAGUUGAGGAUGAAGCACGCUGAAAACUGCACGUUGUUGAGGCGCACUGAAAUUGAAUACAAGAAGAUAAAACAAUGUAACGAUUCUGUUUCUCGCAAGCUCUCAAUGUACUCAAACAUGAUGACGAACGGAGAUUUAGAAAUCCAACACAUUGAGGAAGCCUGGCAGCUGAAACACAACGCAAUGGAGCAGUCUGCAAAGGACCUGGCAGAGAAAAACAACUUGAGCUGGGAAAUUAAGCAGACUGAACACCAGAAGUUGCUCAACCAAUUGGAGGAACAGGUCCAACAGAGGGACGCUGAAAUCCAACAACUAAAAAUGGAUAAAGAAGCUCUCGCUCAGACGCUCACAGAGAACUCUAACAUGCUGGUGAGCAACAAAACUGAACUCCAAGAGAGUGUUAAAGCCUGGCAGUUGAAAUACAACGCAAUGGAGCAGUCUGCAAAGGACCUGGCAGAGAAAAACUCAAGCUGGGAAAUGAAGCAGACUGAACACCAGAAGUUGUUGAACCAGGUGGAGGAACAGGUCCAACAGAGGGAUGCUGAAAUCCAACAUCUAAAAAUGGAUAAAGAAGCUCUCGCUCAGACGCUCACAGAGAACUCUAACAUGCUGGUGAGCAACAAAACUGAACUCCAAGAGAGUUUUAAUGCCUGGCAGUUGAAAUACAACGCAAUGGAGCAGUCUGCAAAGGACCUGGCAGAGAAAAACUCAAGCUGGGAAAUGAAGCAGAUGGAACACCAGAAGUUGUUGAACCAGGUGGAGGAACAGGUCCAACAGAGGGAUGCUGAAAUCCAACAUCUAAAAAUGGAUAAAGAAGCUCUCGCUCAGACGCUCACAGAGAACUCUAACAUGUUGGUGAGCAACAAAACUGAACUCCAAGAGAGCGUCAAAGCCUGGCAGUUGAAGUACAACGCAAUGGAGAAGUACUUCAGAAAUGACGUGGCAGAGAGAAAACAGAGCUGGGAGUGCACUGUCAAUCGACUGGAGAUUCAAGCAAGAGAGUUGGAGCUGAGUUUAGCCACUAAGAAGAGAGCUGGCAUUUACAAGAAAGGCAAGUCCAGGCAGAAAAGACAGAACUGGAGGAUCUCUGUCUCAACAUGA